AUGUCUACCACCCCCAUCGCCCUAAUCCUCGGCUCAGGCCCCAACGUAGGCACAGCCCUAACCACCUCCCUCACCGCACUAAACUACCGCAUCGCAACCGCCUCGCGCUCCGGCACCAACGCGCUCCACCCCACCAACGGCACGCUCUCCCUAGCCGCCGACUUCUCCUCCCCCUCCUGCAUCCCCAGUCUCUUCGCUGCCGUGCUGCGAGAAUACGGGGCCGCCCCCAGCGUCGUCAUCUGGAACGCAUCGGCGCUGACGCCGCCGCCUGUGGAAGGCAGCGUACUAUCUGUGCCGCAGGACCAGUUUGUUAACGAUCUUAAUGUGAAUACGGUGAGUCCGUAUGUUGCUGCUAUGGAAGCGGUGAGAGCGUGGGAUGGAGAAGUGGGUGGUGAUGGUGAAGGAGGGAGGAGCAAUAAGACGUUUAUUUACACGGGGAAUACGCUGAAUCAGACCAUCAUGUCUGUUCCGUUGUUUCUGACGCUGGGGGUGGGGAAGAGUGCGAGUGCGCAUUGGGUUGGACUGGCGGAUGCUACGUAUCGGGAACGAGGGUAUCGUUUCUUCUAUGCGGAUCAACGAGAGCCUGAUGGUACGCCCAUGGUCAAAGGUGUAGAUGGACCUGCGCAUGGAGAGUUUUAUGCCUCGUUGGCGCAGCGGGAUUUGGAUGAUGUACCCUGGUUGGCUACAUUUGUCAAGGACAAGGGGUACGUCAAGUUU